UUGGUAUAACACUGCACUGACUAUUCAAGUUUUAUCAGUUUGUUGAGUCCCUUCUUAUCAGUUUUACGUUCUCAAAUUACUCCCGAUUCACGGGUGACUGGUCACGUGAUUAGCACGUGAAAAUAAAAACACGCGGCCUUGUCAUCUUAUCAGACAUUUUAUUGAUAUAAUAAUCAGAUACCGUCAUAAAACAACAUUGUAAAUUACAUAUUUUUGCUCGAGGCGACUGAAAUACAAAACGAACGCGCAUUAGGGGUCGGAUUUUGUCAAGUUUGCUGGGAUAUAGAAGCUGAAGUGUAGUGCAGAAAUGGACACUCCGAGAAGAGGUCUUAUACGUGCAACUGAAAAUGCCAUCAAGGAAUACAUUAAGGAGGGAUGCGUGGAGAACCUGCCCAUGAUAAGACAACUAGAAGAUGUAGCCUACCAAAUCUGGGUGGAAUCGAAUACAUCCUUUCUGAACGAGAGUGUAGUGACGGUAGAAGACGAAGAUGGUUGGAUGUGGGACGAGGACUACUUGUAUCAAAGUUUCUCUGUCAAUGCGGACGGCAAUCUAACCGACGUAGCAGACGACAAUAGUUCCAUUUGUAGUUCCAUCAAGCCUUGUGAUGAAACAGAUUGUUCGCUCGGGUAUUUAGCAAGUUGCGAAGACGAUGGACAUGCGCACAUGGAUACAUUUGAAAGUGAAAGCUGGGAAAUGCCAGAGAACAACUUUAUUAAAGAUUCCAGUGAAAUGUGUGCUAAAUUUAGAAUUGAUUGUAGUGUUUCCGAUAGUGAACGAAAUGGAUUUAACGAUCAAGAAGGCGACUGUAUUUUUUUAAGUAAAGACAAUGGGAAUUUUGAGAUUAAAAUGUACGGAACAGAGCACGUAGUUGUGGAUAAAGUGAACGAAACCUUAAUAAAUGAUGAGGCAUUAAGAGAAAGCAAUGAACAUGAAAAUACUGACAUUCACAUAACGGAAACAGUGAAUAAGAAUGAAGAUGAAUGGGUAAUCGUGAACGAAGACUGGAGCGAGAGUGUUCCUAACAAUGACUGGUUCAUUGUAUCAGUUAAUGAGACCAAUCAAUCUAAACUAGAGUCACCAAGACUAAUGAAAUCUGCAUCUGUUGAUAUACUUCCUAAACAACUAGAAACCAGUAAAAACGAACUUGAAGACAAUGAAAAAAAUAAAAGUGGAGUAUUUGAUCUUAAUGACUGGGCAGUGCUUUCAAUGAAAAUAACAGAGAGGAGGGAUCCUGUAGAGGCUCAAACAAUAAAACAGACUAUAGGUAGUGAGUUAAGUUGUGAACACGAGUUCUCACAUGAAGCCAAAACUACUGCAAAACAUGAUUCACGCUUGGAUUUAAUCAGAGAGACAUUUGGUUUUGAAACUCCAGUUUCUUGUGGAAUAUCAGAUGUUAACAGAUGCCCUUUGUGUAAAAAUAGUAAGGAUAAUUAUAAAUGUGCUAUAUUCUGUUUGCUUAUGCGAUAAUAUUGUAGCUUACAAUAAAAUU